ACUCACCGUGAGCAAGACCGCAGGUGAGAUGAACAAGGUGCGCCACUGUGCUGACGGCCAUCUGACGAGAUCGUAUCUCGCAUCCUCCAAAACCUGGGGAAACCAUCACUUCCGAUCCACGCCACCGCCCUUUUCAGCGUUGUGUUCCUUGUCGAUAGAGCACGCCAGCUUACCUAGAUAUCGUAUGUGAAGUCGGGACCCACCAACAUCGUUCUCCGCAUGCAACCUUCCUAUGCGCGCUUAUGCAGAUUGCCACCGACCUCUCAGAGUCCCUUGAUUACUGGACCCAUGCUCUGCGGCCUGCCGUCGUUUAUUAUCGUGCAGCCGUUAUGUGGGGUAUGGGACUCCGGUGAGGAAGGGCAGAACAGGGGUCAGCAGAAAGCGAGCUUAGCGAUGACAGACGCACGUGAGACUGAGACAGCAACUCUAUCCAAUGCACUGGGACGAACAUGCCAUCGAGGCCCUCAACAAUUAUGGACAAGGAUACAGCUGCAGCCUCCGGUUGCUUCAAAGGGCUGGGACAGCAACUCUAUCCAACGUAGAAGGACGAACAUGUCACUGAACCUCUCAACAAUUAUGAGCAAGGGUACAAUUGCAGCGUCUAAUUCGCUGCAAAAGGCAGACGGCACCAGACUUGCAGAAACUGAUCGUCAAGGGCGUAGCAUGCACACUAAUCACGCAAAGGGCGGAAGUCACCGCGGCUGGUGCUCUGACUGGAUCUUUGUUAUGUACAGUGAUGGCUAGGAAAUGGUUCAAAGGGUAGUCUACUGUCGCGCCUUUGCUACCGGUACCCAUGGCGAGGUCUUGGGCUUGACCCUGCCGAGACUUAGCAUGAGUCAAUCGAUGGAAAGGA